GUAAUGUGGACCACACUGGUACGACUGGUACUUGUCGGACUAGCUAGUCAGUGAGUGUGGGUAGCAGUUUGUUUUUGUAACAAUAGAGACGCGCCGUAACAGCUCAGUAAAGCAAAAUGCCUUCUACUGUUAAGCUGAAAGGAAACGUGGAGCCACCGGCGGUGAACAGGAAAGUUGAGGAGGCACUAGCAAUGGAGUUCUUUUUUACGGAGUUGAAUGCGACCGCUACGUGCCUCAUUUGCAGACAGAAAGUAUUAUUUAAGGGGUUUAAUAUGAAGCGGCAUUACAACGCUAAACACGCGGGAAAGUAUGAUAAAUACAAGGGAAGGAUGAGAAAGACCAUGUCCGAUAAGCUUCAUGAAGACUUCAACCGCUCCCCAGGGACUCCAACAGGCCCCGAUUUGAGUCUUGAAUCUGAACCUAAACUGUGCUCCCCAGCCAUGCCAAGUCUAAAGCUGAUAUCUGCGACUGACACACAGUAUUCAGCAACUGUGCUGAAGUCAAUGAAUGAGCAGCGAAGCCAUGGAUUAUUUUGUGACGUCACCAUUAUCAUACAGGACAAGAAAUUCAGAGCUCACAAAACAAUCUUGUCUGCCUCAAGUACAUAUUUCCACCAGCUCUUCAGCGUAGCUGGACAAGUGAUUGAGUUAAACUUCAUCAGAGCAGAAAUCUUUGAGGAGAUUCUUAAUUACAUUUACAGCGCCAAGAUUUUCCGUGUCCGCUCUGACAUGCUUGAGGAGCUCAUCAAUGCCGGACAGAUACUGGGAGUCAAGUUCAUUGCAAACUUGGGGUCACCAUUAUCACAAGUUAAGGGUCUGCCUGGUUUGUCUAAGGAGACUGGGAGCAAAAGUGACACACCCACAGAGAUGAUGCCCAUCAUCGCAGAGUCUUUCUCAAUAUCCGCAGAGGAAUUCAAUCAGACGAGCAAGCCUGCAGGUAAUGACGAGGACUCGGACAAUGAUGUUAUGUUUGUCUCGCAUACAGAUGCUCAAACCAGAGCAGCCAGUCAGAAAGCCAACUCUGGUGAGGUCAUUGAUGUGGAUAUAGCUGAUUCAAAAAAUGCAGCACAAAAUCAAAAUGAAGAAUCAAACCAUGCAGUUGCAAAACAGAAAGAGAAAGCCAGAACCCCCUUGAAAACAUAUACUGCAAAGCCUCUCGUCAUUAGUUGUCCAAACCCCAGUUUGCCCAACAGCAGCCCUCUGCGCAGUCCAGACAGCAGCUCCAAUAACUCGUCUUCCCCUGCCAGAGUUUCCUCAGGAAGUGCUCCCACAACGCCAGCCAGGUUAGGCAGUUUCACCCCUGAGCCCUCGAGUGCCUCUCAGACCUCUGAAAACAGUGAUAUAAUGGGAGUCCACAAGAAGCAAGUGUCUGCUUCAUCUCAGCAAGGGGAUUUCAAAGUAAGGCUCUUAGAUGUGUCUGAUAGCCAAGCAAAUCAAACUAACAUACCCAAAUCAGUUAUAGCAGCAAAAAAGACGGUGACACUGAAUACAGCAACAGAAAUUGAUUCAAUUUCAUCAGGCUGUAAAGUGUAUGCCAAUAUUGGAGAAGACACUUAUGACAUUGUCCCAGUGAAGGAAGAUCCAGGCGAAGGGGGCUCUAAAGCCAAUAAAGGGAAGAGAUCAUUAAUGGCAACGCCUAUAAAGCCCCUGGAUAAAGCACCCACAUCCCCGAAGGCCAGCCCAAAGAAGAAGAGGACCAAAACAGAGCUUGAGGAUCACUACGAGCUGAUCAUGGAUGGGAAGACUUUCUAUGUGUGCAUCGUCUGCAAGCGCCCGUACGUGUGUCUGACGAGUCUCCGCCGUCACUUCAACACCCACUCGUGGGAGAAGAAGUACCCGUGUCGCUACUGUAACAAGGUCUUUGCACUGGCCGAGUACAGAACUAAACAUGAAAUCCACCACACAGGAGAGAGGAGGUACCAGUGCUUGGUGUGCAAUGAAAUGUUCAUGAACUACCAGUUACUCUCCACCCACUGCAAGCAAGUCCACAACCAGGAUCCCAGCGGGAGGAAAGAGAAAGAUGAUGCAGACAACAACUUAUACCGACUCCUGCCGUGUAAGACGGUGCAGAUGAAGCCAUACUCGUGGAGUACCGACGGGCAGGGGGUCCCUGUCAUAUCCGAGGAUGGCAGCGUGCAUCACAUAACCAGCGUCGGCGAAGAUGUCCACUCCUCCACCCAGACCAGGAUGUUGAACUGGGAUGACAUCUUUAUUGAGUCCGAUGCUCACAUGCCACCUGAUGCUCACAGCCAACCAGAGUCAACCAUGAACAGUCCUCCACAAGGAGCCACAGAGUUUGACUUUGUUAUACCAGAGACCUACUGAGCAACACGUGCGCUGCUCCAUUACCUGUGCCUUUUAGGUGCCCCCGACCCUUUUUUCCUCUUUGGUUCCAUGUCAACAAUAUUCGUAUGUAAUUCUCAAUAGUGUCCGCUUAAGGUACGGUCACAUUAGCCUUUCUGUUUAAUGACAUUUGUGGUGUAAUGUUUUAAUGAAUAUGGCGAUGAUGCACUGUAGAAUAAUGUCAGAGCAGCAGGGAACUCUGAACUGUGAGUCUGCCAGAGACAGCUGGAGAUUGCUUGAAUGUGUCAGUCGUGCUGUUUUCAGUUGAUGUGAAAGUGAGACGGAGUGAAUAGUUGCAGGAUGGAAGUGUAAUGUGACCGUACCUUUACUCACUUUACUCUGCUUGUGUAAUAGCCUUGAUCUUUUGUAUCAUUGGAAUAAAUGAUCGUCACAUUAGCAAAAAUACAGUUCACACACAGUAAACUCAAUCAAUCAAAAACUGCCCCAGAAAUGUGAGGCAUAAUUCACUAGCUGUAAUAAAAAGGCAAAUGUAGGUUUAAUGUAUGAGGCAAAUUAUAGCUAUAUCAGCUAGAAGAUGUCUACUAAAGUAUCUGGAGGACAAAGCAUUGAAAUGAGAUGUUUGAAUUUCUCGUUCUCUUGUUUCUGCAGGUCGUCUGAAUCAGUUAAAGACAUUAAGCAUCCCACUGAGCUCCAUUUCAUAAAAUAUGUGAAACCUCAAUUGAUGAUUUGGUCUGUAACCAGGUAACCCUUUUUUCACAGGAUAUGUAAAAUACAGGACGAUGCCUGUAAUUAAAUAAAACAUGAUCGCUUACAUUUUAAGUCCAUCACCAUCGGAUGCAUCAAUCAUGAAUCUCAGCCUGUAUUUGAAAAUCAGAUGGAGUUUCUGGACUGGUGACUCCUUGUUCCCAUUUGAGUGAGAAUGUUAAUGAUCGGAAAAUAUAUUUUUUCAUUGUGUGAUUGUUGGCGAUCCCACGUGGGUAUUGUGGCAGGGAAGAUAUAUACAAUAGUUAUUUAAUUUUCCAGUGGAUGGAAAAAUACUAAUGGCUUUUUUUUGUCCAUUAAACCCCUUGUUUUAUUUUGA